GUUGUACACCAUAUCGACAACAUCUCGGUACAGCAGUAUGCAAGUGCUGGUCUCACCAGGAGCCAAGGUGGCAUCGACUUGCUGGCCAAGCUUCUGCUUCUGGCACCGAGGCACUUUGUAGAACUUCCGAAUGAGCCGUGGCUUAAAGAACUUUUCGAGAAGUAUGGGACUGCUCGAGGCAUCCUGGAGGCUGCCGCCCAGGCAAGUGGGCUAAAAUGGUCCUUUCGAGGCCCUAUCUUCACAGCCGAAUGGUUUGGACCUCGGGACACUUGGGUGCUCGAAGUGGAGGAUGGAAUGCCUGAGCUGGAUAUUCAGUCGUGUCCCUUUCCGCUGCUUUAUCGGGGAAAUGAGAUGGAUGCCGCCCUGGAUGCUCCAGAGCCAGAGCACGCUUCUCCAUUUCAACACGUCGACGGCUGGACUUUGCCGGGUGAAGAUAAUCUGCCGCUGUCCAUGAAGCUGGCCGGUGACGAGGGCCUUCUAUCACUUCCUGGCGGAGCCGUGUCGGGCUGCGAGAACCUUUCGGGCAUGCUGCUGGAUCCUGCGCUUUAUGCCGCUACCGCUGAGCCAUCAGUGGAGACUUCAGACAUCGCUGUCGCAGCAGCCCUGAAGGCAGCUCCGACAGCACUGCUGUUGGCCCACCUCACCUUGCGUGAAGCAGUUGCUGAGGCUGAGGAUGCUCUUGCUGAAGUGCGGCGGGCUGCACCACCUGAGGCUGUUGUCCAGGCGAAGUCAUAA